GUUGAACAAAAAGAAGCUGCCAAAGCAAAGCCGAGAUCAUCAAAAUCUUCUUUUGUUUCAAGACAAAAUUAGGGUUUAUCAUAAAACAAUUCCUAGAAGUCCUCCCUACUGUGGAAUCAAUCAGAUAAAUUUCCUGAAUCAGAUAAUCUCUCUCCCAAAACCACUAUCUUUCCACCAUUGAUUUUCCUGCAAAACGCAAACCCUCAUCAGUUUCCUCUUCCUUUUAUAAGCAAGUGAAGCUUUUUCCCCUUCUCUCUUCCCUAUUUCAAAGAUCCAAUUUUCUAGUUUCAUCUGUGUCUUUGAAGUUUGAACAGCAAAGUGGGUUUUUGUUUCUUCCAUCUGUUUUUGACUUUUUCUGGAUAUUCAGGCCAUCUUUCCACAGGUUCAUUGAUCCAUUCAAAAAACCAGCAAAAACCCAUCCGAUGAAUUCACAUCUCUUCCGCGUAAUCUGUAUGCUCCAUUCGAUUAUCGCACUCACAAGUGGAACACUGAUGAUGUUCUGCACAGAGAAAGCUUCCAUCUUUGGGCACGGUAGCGACAUAGCAAACAAGCUCAAAGGAUCAACACCUCACGACGAGCUUCUCAUCCAGAUUUCUCAGUCAUUCUCGGGUUUGCUUCUCUUUGCAAUUGGUUUGGUGCUCUUCAUGGUGUCGUUUGUUAAAGAUAGAGACUUCCAUAGCUUCUUCGCCGGAGGCUCGGUGAUUCUCUAUGUCCUUAUGGCUCUAUGGAGAGUUAUGUUUGAGUGGAAGAUUGAAGAUCUUGCUUUUGAAUGCCCCAAGCAAGCCCUGGGAGAUAUUGCUUUGGCUGUCUCUUGGGUUUUCUUCCUCGUUUAUACAUGGAGGGUGAAGUAUGAUUGAUUUUUUUGCUUCUCUCUUAGAGUUGUUGGCAGCUAAUGCAAAAGAUGAGGGAUUUGAUAGAAAGCGGAGAUCAAGAGAGCAGUAGCUUGGGUGAAGAUCAAAAGCAUUGUCGGUUUCAUAGGUUUCAGAAGAUCAAGUGUGAAAAAUGUGAUUUUUUUAUAUAUGAAAUAGAGGAAUUUACAAUGAAAUUGGUUUUUUUUUUCUACUGUGAAAACAUCAGAUGUUUGUGUAACUAAUUUGUUGUGGGAUUCUUAUUUGUGAAACUACGAAGUCUGUUUUUAAUAAAAGUUUCAAACAUUUU